CUUCCUCGGCUCCCCACUCGCAGUGGAUAAAGCCGACGCCUUCAGGAAGCUUCAGUGGAGUGCAAACGUGACUCUUUACUCCAUGGGGCUCCUCGACAAGCUCUGGGACGACACCCUCGCCGGCCCCCGCCCCGAGUCCGGGCUCGGCCGCCUCCGGAAGUACUCCUCCUUCGCCUUCCGCCCGUCCUCCUCCUCCCCUCUCACCCCCGCCGACAAAGAUGAGGCGGCGACCGGUGGCCUGGGAAGGCCAUACGGCGACGAGGGUUCCGCGGAGGCGGCGGCGGCGCCGAGGGUAACGAGGAGCAUCAUGAUAAAGAGGCCUGCCGGGUGGGCGUCGCCAGGGGGCGGGACGCCGCCGUCAUCGCCGGCAGGCUCGACCCCGCCCGUCUCUCCCUUCUCCGGAGCGACCCGUUUUAGGAGGAAGUCGAUGUCGGACGCGCAGGCAAGGAAAGCGGACGCGGUCGCGGUGGAAUCCACGAGCUCUUCUUGUCCUCCCUUCGAACUCUAACUCAUGUUCGCCUGCUGCUGCUGCUUUAGAGAGACUGUUGCUUGGAGAGAAAUCGCUGUGCGAUGAUCAAAUAGCUCUAUGUGGGUGGUUGUACGUUAGAGAAGGAGGCGAUGCUGUUUGUGUUACUCAUCGAGGUGUUGUGUGUGUAGUUUGUGUCGAGAGAGAGAGAGAGAGAGAGAGAGAGAGGGAGAGAUAAUCUUUGUUCUUAGGCACCAGCGUGGUGUAAUAAUGAGCUUUUUAGAUAUGUACAUGGGAAAGUUGGUAGUGCCAGAUUAAUGCUGUGUUCUGUAAGUAGUUUGUAUCAGAGAGAGAGAGAGAGAGAGAGAGAGAGAGGAGGGGAUAAUCUUUGUUCUUAGGCGAUAGUUUGGUGUAAUAAAGUGCUUUUUAGAUAUGUACAUGGGAAAGUUGGUAGUGCCAGAUUAAUGCUGUGUUCUGUAAGUAGUUUGUCUCAGAGAGAGAGAGAGAGAGAGAGAGAGGGGGUGGGGGGGAUAAUCUUUGUUCUUAGGCGAUAGUUUGGUGUAAUAAUGUGCAUUUUAGAUAUGUACAUUGUGCUUUUUAGAUUGGUAGUGCCAGAUUAAUGUUUUAUUA